CACAGAUCGUGUAUAAACCGAUGGACGACGUUGCGGACUCGCGGGGGCGAGAGGCGACGCCGCUGUCCGGCCACAGCAGCCAAGGUGGUAGUGUUGCGUGUUUCAAUGUAAACAUGACGUCGGUAGACUCGGGAGUGGAGACCGGGAACGAUUCGAACGACAGCUCGACCGUCCAGCAGGACGGGCAGCAGCACCAACAGCAGCAGCAGCAGCAGCAACCGCCAGAGGAGGAGAGAGAGAGAGAGAGGGGCGGGAGGGGUGAUCGAGGAAGUUGUCGGCCGGGGGAUCAGGACGUCGGAAGUGGAGCGAGAGGUUCGGUGUGCUCGUUUGUGGCAUACGUACGUGAAUCGCGACUUUCUGGUAGAGUCUCCCGACUUAUCCGGGACACAAACGUGACACAGAUCGUGUAUAAACCGAUGGACGACGUUGCGGACUCGCGGGGGCGAGAGGCGACGCCGCUGUCCGGCCACAGCAGCCAAGGUGGUAGUGUUGCGUGUUUCAAUGUAAACAUGACGUCGGUAGACUCGGGAGUGGAGACCGGGAACGAUUCGAACGACAGCUCGACCGUCCAGCAGGACGGGCAGCAGCACCAACAGCAGCAGCAGCAGCAGCAGCAAGUCGCCGCUAGCCAGGUCGUCGGCAGUCACGGCGUCACGGCGUCCGUCGACACGGAUCACUCCGCCUCCGGGGAAUUUCCUAAACUGGGCAUGUACGACUGGACGUGUACGACUUUAAUAGAUCCACUCCAUUUCGUCCAGGACGAGAGCGCUGUGCUGUCACACAGGCACAACGUGGGCGCAAACAAGCUCAAGAUGAACGCGAUCAAUCACGCCGAGAUGAUAAAAAUAUUACGGACAGCAGCGGCAGCUGGUAAUACUCAAAAGACUGGCGAGUUAUUGACAACCCCUGAUUUCUAUCGCCCUAAGAUAAGAGAACGUGUCUUUCGUUCAUGGCGCAGAUGGCAUCACACCUUUGGCUUGAGCGAAUGGCAAACCGAACGUAAUCAACGAAGGAUGCGGUUGGCCGCUACCACGAAUAAUAUAAGUUGGAUGAAGAGACUCUUGGAGUACGGCGUGUCGCCUAACAAUCACGACAGUCACGGGCGAACUCCCCUUCACAUUUCAGCUUGCAGGGGUUAUACGGAAAUAGUCCGCUUAUUGCUAGAAAACGGCGCAGACCCGAAUCAGCGUGACUGCAUAGGAAACACACCGCUGCAUCUGGCCACGGUUAACAGCAAACUGUCGGUAGUGACGCUACUCUUGACAGCCGGCACUGACGUACUCGCGCUAGACUCGUACGGCUAUAAUCCACUGCAGUUGGCAAAAACGAAAAUGAGGAUGCUGCAACGAAGUUUCAAUUGCAACAAUGAGGAUAUGCUUAAGAUCAAGGAGGAGAUGCAUAAUGUAAUCCACAUGUUAAUGGCGUAUCUGCAGAAGCAGAAGAAUAUGCGAGAACAGGUGGAGACGUUGAGCAACUUUUACUCGCGUCUUUCCUUGUCCAAUACCACGGAUCAGGUUCAAGGUGACGUUAAGGAUUUACUGGCGAACAUAAAUGCUCUCAGUAUAACUGGCUAAAACAUGGACUGGCUAAUCAUAAGUAAGAUAUGCUAUUGUAAUAUUAUACACACUGUUUAUCAAAAUUUAGUGACAUUUUUAUUUGAGAAAGAAAAACUUAAAAGUGUGUAUUAUGUCUUUAUGUGUGUCCACGCGAACGACUGCGCUGCGACUUUAUCCGAAAAUGUAAUCAUUUUCCAUGUUUUGCAAAGAAUUUUUUUUUUUAAUUGGCAUACUUAUAAAAAGUCGUUUGUGAAGAAUUUGGCUACCUCUAAAACAUGUUUGAUUUUAAUGUGUAUUUUAAAAAUAUUAAUCUUUUGACACCCGGGAGUAAUUAUAGUUUAUUUCUAUGUUUAUUUCGGAAACUACCAGUUCGAUCUUCACGAAACUUGAUAUGUGAGGGUGUUUUUAAUGCCCUUUCCGAUUUUGAAGUAAAAAAUUUGAAAUUUAAAAUGGCGGAUCUAAAAUCGAAGCAAAGAUAAAAUAAUAAAAAAUUAAAAAAUUGUACGAUUUUCAGGAAACUUGAUUUAGGAUGAUUAUUGUACUAUCAUUGAGUUUGAGAUCAAGAAUGUGAAAAUCAAAAUGGAUCCAAUAUGAAGAUGAUUAGUAUACUUGUUCUUUGCCUUUUCUAUUCGGCACAUUCCGCUCUUUUGAAUUUUUUAAUUUUGUGGUCAGAUUCGAAUUCAGGCAAUUCAGCGAUCUCGAAAACUUUUAUAAAUCUAGAAUUUCCAUAACUGACUUCUUUAACCUCCAGGCCUUAAAGGUUUAAAAUACUUGUAAUUUAAGAAAGAAAGAAGCUUAAAUAAUUAAGAUUAAUUCUCGUUUAAUUUUUUACAUAAUUACAUUAAUAGAGCGGACGAAAAUUAUUAUAUAGCAUUUUCAAUAUUUCUGGAUUAAAAUUUAGUAAUUGAUGAAUGCAUGAUAAACAAUUCUAACAGAAAGCGAGAGAGAGAAAUUUUUCUUGUACGAUUGGUUUUUUUAAAUAUAAAAAAGACUGUAUAUAGACUGGUCCUGUGCAAUAAAUAUUGAAUUUCUUUUGAAUUGCUCAUGUGCUCGUGACUAGUGGAAGACAAAUUAUAAUGUAAUUUGAAUAUUGUGUAUCUAUAGUUACAUAAUUAAGACUUUGGAUAUAAAACAUAGAUAAAUAAAAUGUUUCCGAGAAAAUAAAUGAGAAAGAAAAUGAUGUAAACAGUUUUGCUCUUUUUUUUGGAUUUAUAGUCUCCGAUAGUCUUUAUAGGAAAAAAUGUAAAUAGGUUUCAUAAUCAUUUUACAAAUAUCUUCUGUACAUAGUCCAUUCUUAAUAAUGUAACUUUGCGAAGUGUAAAAAAAUAAGAGCAUUAUAAAUAAAAACAUUCUAUAUA